AACAAAGAGAUUAUUUUACCAUAUAUAGUUGGAUUCAUAGCUUGGGCUAUUAUACCCAAAAAAAGAUAGUUAUCGUAGUUAUUAUAUAACGCAUCUAACACAUUCCUUGAAAAAAAUGUUUAAUUAUUUAUUUGAAGGUACAAUUAUCCAUUGUCCGAAUCGUUUAGAAUUAUAUAUUCUAGAAAAUGGAUUCUUACAUGUUGAGAGUGGUAAGGUUAAAUAUAUUGGAAAAACGAAGCCUGAGAAUAUACCAGCAGAUACGAUUUCAUAUAAAUUGACUAAAUAUCAAUUUUUAAUACCAGGUUUUAUUGAUACACAUAUUCAUGCACCACAAUAUCCAAAUAUUGGAUUAGGAUAUGAUGUUGAAUUAUUGGAAUGGUUGGAUAAUUAUACAUUCCCAACGGAAAUACGUUUUAACGAUCAAGAUCAUGCUAAAUGUAUUUAUCCGUAUGUUGUGAAUAGAACUUUAAAAAAUGGUACAACUACAGCCAGUUAUUACGGAACAACAAAUUUAAAAAGCAGUAUUAUUUUAUCUGAUGUAACAAGCGCAAAGGGACAGCGAGCAUUUAUUGGUUUAGUAAAUAUGACGGAAAAUGCACCACCUGAAUUAUUACAUGAAAAUAACGACGUUUCCAUAAAAGAAACUGAAGAAUUUAUCAAAAUAAUUUUUAAAAAAAAAAAUGAACUUGUUCAACCAGUAAUUACACCACGUUUUGCACUUUCUUGUAAUGAAGAUUUACUAAAACGUUUGGGAGAUUUAGCGGCAAAAUAUCAUGUCAACAUUCAAACGCAUAUAAGUGAAAAUAAAAAAGAAAUCGAAGCGACUUUAGAAACAUAUCCUGGUUAUAAAAAUUAUGCUGAAGUUUAUGAUAAAGCCAAUUUACUUACAAAAAAGACAAUUUUAGCGCAUGCAGUAUAUUUAGAUGAUAAUGAAAAAAAUACAGUACUAAAACGAGGUACCUCCAUUUCUCAUUGUCCAAAUUCAAAUAUUUGUUUACAUAGUGGAUUCUGUGAUGUACGUGAUUUCCUAAAUCGUGGAAUAAAUGUUGGAUUGGGUACCGAUGUAUCCGGUGGUUGUAGUCCAUCAAUUCUCGAUGCGAUCCGAUCAUCGAUAACAACUUCUAAUGGUGUGUCAUUUUCCAAAUCAGAGGAGGAGAAUUAUAAGUCAAUUGAUUAUACAGAUGCAUUUUAUUUAGCCACUCUUGGUGGGGCUCAAGCAUUAAGAAUCGAUGAUCGUGUUGGAAAUUUUAAGGUGGGUAAAGAAUUUGAUGCGCUACUUAUCGAUUUGGAUAGUGAAAAUACACCAAUUGAUUUACAUUUACUCCAAGAUUACACCAGCAGCGAAUUAUUGCAAAAAUUUAUUUACUUAGGGGAUGAUCGUAAUAUUAAUCAAGUUUUUGUCGCAGGUCGAUGUGUAGUUAAGGAUCGAAAUGUAAUAAGGACAUACACAGGCUAAAUAAACGAAUCAAAUUUUA